GCAUCGCUACAACAAGGUAUUAUCUCGCAGGAGCAGACGUGAGCGCGGCUGAUACACAGACAGAUCACAGACAUGUUACGAUUCGCGACUUUGCUUGCGGCGGCGGCGGCGGUGGUCGUAGCGAGCGCGCAGCCCGUCUCCAACGUGCUGCAGCUGGACCUCGCGCCCGAGGAGGCGCAACAGUACCUCAACAAUCCGCCCUUCGCAGAGCCCCAGUUAGCAGGGCGCACCAACAUCCUGCCUCUCAUCCGGUACGACGACCCGCGGUUCCGCAGCGCGGAGGCAGGCCCCACGCUGGGCCACUACUGGCGCAACGGACAGGAGAUCCAGGACCCUGAGAACUACCAGGAGGAGGUGUACGAGGCGGCGCAGUUCCACGGGCAGAGCGGGCGUGGCGACUACGCUUACGGCUACCGCACGCCCGAGUCCGCCAAGGUGGAGGACCGCGCCGGCUCCGGCAACGUGCAGGGCUCCUACGUCUACAAGAACAACAACAAUGAACUCGUUAAGGUGAGAUACUGGGCCGACAGCCAGGGCUUCCACCAGGAGGAUAACCUGCCCAAGGUGGAGCUGAAGCCUGCGGAGGAGACGGCAGAGGUGCGCGAGGCGCGGCUGGCGCACGAGCGCGCCUGGCAACUGGCCCGCGCCGCGUCGCUGCACGCGCCGCUGCCGCAAGAGUACGAGCCGGCGGCGUCUGAGGUGCAGAGCGCGGUGGUAGCUGCGCCGGCGCAGGACCCGCAGCCUCGUGAGGGCAAGGCCUACCAGCAGCAGUACUACACCACCACCGAGGAACCGGAACCCACUGGACCUCCGCGCGGCUUCUUCUACAGCUUCACGUACCCCGUGUCCGUCAUAGUGCCGAAGGAGGGUGCGGCCUACAACCAGGACCCGGCAUACCUUGCCGCAAGGACAGUCUAGACCUCGAUAUACAGCGGACUCUUAUCGUUUACUAAUAAAACUACACAUUUCCAUAUCAACAACAUAGAAACUAGAAAUGUAUAGUAUAAUUUUGGAGCACUUUGAUAUAUUUUAUGACAAUUUCAGCUAUUCGUUUGGAUGUCUAAUACAUUUACCACACAUUCAGAUUUACGGCCGACAUGAUGUUUUUGUCGUUAUUAUUAGAUAUUGUACCAGCGGAAUCACUUCGUGUGUUAAAGUAUGCCCGGCGCAGGAGCAAGGCUCACGGAUCAGGGUCGAUCGAUUUGUAACUGUACUGUCGCCGAAAUAGGAUAAGUUGUGUUGCCAUUUUAGUCGCCAGUAGGUUAAGUUAGCUGUUAUUAUACCAUUCAUGUGAUUAUAUUAUAACAAAUAAAUACUAUCUAUGUA